AUGGCGGUCAUGGCGAGCUUGUUCUUUCGUCAGUUCUCCGCUUUGUUCUGGAAGAACUGGAUUGUUAUGUCAAAGCAUCCUUUGCUUAACAUACUGAGAUGCUUCCUAUUACCAAUUGGAUAUGGAGUCUUCCUCGCCGUGGCUCAGACGUUUCUACUCAAGCCCAACAAUUAUGGCAUCGGCUCUCCGGUUCCCAUUCGCCCCUUGAAUGAAGCGUUCGACGGCUCCCUGACUCUGGUUUGGGCGGAUGCGACCAAUGGAGCUCGGUCACCUACACCCCAGGACAUCAUGGCGCAUAUAACCCGCGAUUUCAAUUCCCGCCAGCUUGGCGCUAUCAAGCGGAUGAACUCGCCGAGUGAUAUACCUUCUGCAUGCCCGCAGAAUUUCAACCUGUACUCUGAAUGUUUUGCCGCUGUCGCUUUCAAUAGCUGGCCGACUUCCGAGAACGGGUCCUUGCCCCUCAAUUACACGAUCCGCGCUGACGGUGGUCUAGCGUAUAUCGAUGUAGUGAAGCACACGAGUGACUACGAGCUACGCCUCUUGCCGCUCCAGUUCGCGGUGGAUCAGGCCAUCAUUGAACUCACGACCGGAAAUACCGUACCUACUCCGCAAGAGUGGGUGUUCACGCAAGAGACCAACGAGGAGCAGGCUACCCGCACGAGAUUGAGCUACAUCAGAGGUUUGCGGAGUUUGCUGGUCCUGGCACUUUUCAUAUGCUAUAUCGGCAUCGCGUAUCAGUUACCGGGGUCCUUCAUGGGCGAGCGUGCGAUCCUCUUAACCAGUCAUAUGAAAGCGAUGGGCCUGAUGGACUCGGCGCGAAUAAUCUCCUGGCACGUCAGCAUAUCACUCGCAUACCUCCCCGCUUGGAUCAUUGUCUCCCUGGUCUGGCACUACCGCAUCUUCACCGCUACCAACGCCGGCCUCAUUCUCAUCGUGCACCUUCUCCUCGGUUGGUCCCUCGCGUCCUGGUCGUUCUUUGUAUCCGCUCCUUUUGGCAACAGCCCGCAGCUGGCAGCAGUCGCAUCCACAUUCCUUUCUAUCGUCUUUGCUAUAUUGGCCUUGGUAUUUGGUCACGCGGGUACUGGCGCCGCGUUCAUAUUCUCGGUGGUGUUCCCUCCAGGGUUCUACAUUUUUGCGAUAAGGGCGAUAUGUGGGUUCGAGAACCAUCAGAUGGCGACAAAUGCCGUCAAAGGCGAUCCUGACAACCAGCUAAUGCUGCUACCUCUCAUUAUCGCGGCUAUCAUUGAUGUUUUCCUCUGGCCUUGGCUAGCAACUUUGCUUGAGCACAGGUUGUAUGACGCUCGAGAACCGUCAAAAGGCUGGUCCCGCUUCUUCCGUCGAAAGCAGUCAUGUGGCCACGAUGUGCAGGCAGCCGUGCCCCCUAACACGGCCAUUUCAAUUCGGAACCUGUCGAAAACGUUCAGUAGGUCCUUGUUUAGCCGCGAAAAGGGCGUCGUGACGGCAGUCGGCGACCUCACUCUUGACAUACCAAAGUACGGCAUCUACGUCCUUUUGGGUUCCAAUGGUGCCGGAAAGUCUACGACCCUCUCAAUUGUGGGCGGGUUGCUCGGACGUACCAGCGGAUCUGUCACUUUCGAGGGUGGCGUCCAGCGGCCCUCACGCGGGACAGUCGGCAUUGUCCCACAGAAGAAUGUCUUGUUCCCUGAAUUGACGUGCUACCAGACGCUUCGUCUGUGGAAGGCCAUCAAACGCCCUGACAGUCAAGCGGAUGACGACGAUGUCGAGCAAUUACUGCGGGACUGCGAUCUGUCAAAGAAGAUUCAUUCCAACGCCAAUACCCUGUCUGGUGGGCAGAAGAGGAAGCUGCAGCUUGCUAUCGGGCUGAUUGGAGGUUCGAAGAUUGUCCUUGUGGAUGAGUGCACUUCUGGUGUCGACCCUUUGUCCAGACGAGCGCUUUGGAAGACACUCAUGUCUGUUCGACAUGAGCGUACCAUUGUCUUCACUACACAUUUCUUGGAUGAAGCAGACCUGCUGGCCGAUACUAUUGCUGUACUUGCGCCUCCUGGAAAGAAGGUUGCGGAGGGUACGCCCGUGUUCCUGAAGUCCACGCUAGGGGAAGGAUACACAGUGGAGGUGACGCUGGAUUUGGAGAAAGAUCCAGAGAAGACUAUCAGUGCAGCGGCCGCCGCUGCUGAAUUGCUUCGACUAAUCCGCGGUAUAUCCCCUGCUACAUAUCUUUCUUCGUCUUCUCCGAGCCAGAUCUCGUACCACCUCAAAUCCAAGGAUCCGGCUGUAGUGGAGCAAGUACUACAACUCCUUGACACUCAAGGUUUGCAGCACCACGUUGCAUCCUACGAUGUGCACGGUGCUUCUAUAGAGGAUAUAUUCCUGGAUCUGCUGAGCCGAGAUGAGAGGUCAGACCCCAAUUCCCGGCCUGAUUCGGGCCUGAUGGAGAAACCCACAACGGACACGUCCACUGCGGGUUCACUUGGGACACCGACCCUGGCAUUGACGAACGGCCGAAAACGAUCACCCUUUGGUCAAGCAUUUACUAUUGUUCACAAGCGGGCUUUGAUUGCUCGUCGUAGUUGGCUCAGUCUUGGUCUUACUCUUCUCGUUGCCAUUGCAGGCUCGUGCGUCCCGCUUUUCUACCUUGGAAACCGCACUCAGACCUGUUCGACGAGCUUCCACAAUGCAACAACCAUUCCCAUAUAUCUACCCACAUCACCUAUGGCAGCAUCCACUGCCGACGAGCCUGGUGGACAGGUCAUACUUUCACCGCCGAAUGUCACCUCCGUGCUGGGAGCAUCUGCACUGCGCCUUCAUACCGAGAAUAUAGAUGAUAACGCUACCUUUGUGACAACCAUAAACCACAACUACCUAGGUCUGAGUCUCGGCGGUGUCUCCAUGAAUUUAGGCACUGGUGAUUCACUGGUUGCUUGGGAGGGCACCCCGCCGGGAUUGACUGGAUUGGCCAUGCUGAAUCUGGCAACUAACAUACUGUACAAGCACGCGCUUGGGAACAGUGCUAAUUCCACUGGCAUCAUAGCAGCGAACUACCAGAGUUUCCCGACCAUCGAUGCGGGGACCCUUUCGGCAUUGCGAUGGGUUGCAUUCUUCGGUGCAGCGAUGAGCGUCUUCCCAGCCUUCUUCUCCUUGUACGUCUCUAGAGAGAGACGGUCAUCGGUACAGGCAAUGCAACUGUCCAAUGGGCUGGCGGAUCCAAUUGGCCUAUGGCUGGGGCACCUCAUCUUCGAUUCGGCUGUGUCAAUCAUCAUUGCCUCCGUUAUUAUAAUCGUAUUCGCCAAUGUAUCGAAUCAAUUCCAUGGUUUGGGAUUCUUCUGGGUUGUCCUGGUGUUAUACGGCUUUGUUGGAACGUUGUUUGCUUAUUGUGUUUCUUUGAUCACGGCGUCUCCACUCGCCGCCUUUGCUGCUACAGCUGGUUAUCAAGUCAUCAUGUUCGUGUUAUACCUUGCAGCAUACCUCCUCACUUUGACAUACGCAAAGACGUCUCAAGCAAAUCAGAUAAUUACGACUAUUCACUUCACAUUAUCUAUAUUGUCCCCGGUAGCGAGCGUGAUGCGUGCAUGUUUCGUAUCCGUCAAUCUUUUCUCCCUCCUCUGUGACGGUACACGACCUAUCACCACCGCGGACAUGGGUAAUAUCAUGAGAUACGGAGGUCCUAUACUCUAUCUCUUCAUCUACGGGUUCAUCCUCUUUGGCAUCCUUGUCUGGGUUGAUUCGGGAUCCACGAUUCGCCGCCUUAUCCCUGCUUUACGCACCCGCAAACGCAAGAUUGGUAUGGUGCCUCAGACAAAUCGAUCGCAAGGUUCCCUCGCGCAGUCCAGCAAAUCAGUGCCCAGCGACGUGCUGGCGGAAGCACAAGCUGUAGAGAGUUCAAAUGAUGCGCUCCGGGUCUUACAUGUCGUAAAGUCCUUUGGCCAGACGAAGGUCCCCGUCGUGGACGACGUGAGCUUUGGGGUCUCCAAUGACACUGUGCUCGCUCUGUUGGGACCCAACGGGGCUGGCAAGACGACCACGUUUAAUAUGAUUCGUGGAGACGUCACACCGGACUCCGGUGAUAUUAUGAUAACCGGUACAUCCGUGAUCCAACAUCCGCGCACUGCUCGUCUGUCGUUAGGCGUCUGUCCACAGUUCACUGCUAUAGACCCGCAGUUGACAGUGCAGGAACAUCUCGUAAUAUAUGGCCGAUUGAAAGGCCUCUAUAGAGGGCAAGAGCUCAGGCGUAACGUCAAUAUGCUUAUGCAGGCGACUGCACUAGACAUUUAUAGAGAUAGGCUGGCAAGCAAACUUAGCGGCGGGAAUCAGAGAAAGCUAGCGUUGGCUAUUGCACUAAUGGGUAACCCGUCCGUGGUCCUCAUAGAUGAAUUCUCGACGGGUAUCGACGCUAAGAUGAAGAGGGAGAUGUGGGGCACUCUGCGCAAUGUGGCUGCAGGCAAAGCGGUGGUAAUCACUACACACUCCAUGGAAGAGGCAUCCGCUCUCGCCAACAAAGUAGGCAUCCUUGCAAAACGCAUGUUAGCGGUCGGUACUACGACGGACCUCGUGUCUCGUUUCGCUUCGUACGAGGUGCAUUUCUCCACUCGCUCGCGAGAAGAAGUCCUCAAGGCCAAAGAAUUGAUGACCCGUAUCGUGCCCGGGUCAAAGUUGAAGGAAGAUGUAGCCACCCGCUUCGAGGUACCCAUAAGGACCAGCAUGGAUGGUUCCGCUCAGACGGAUGCCGGUGACGAAGAGUAUUUGACGCUUGCCCGCCUCUUCCAUUUUCUCUCUUCACAAGGAGAUUUUUCCGAGUAUACUGUGGAGAGGGCGAGCUUGGAGAGUGUGUUCUUGAGAGUAAUCGGAGAGCAUGAGGUGAGAGAGGAGGAGGGUGACGGUGGAAGAGGGCCGUGGUGGAGAGCUAUAUUGAAGGUGUAG